AUGAGAUUCUCUAUUAAGACUAUUGCUGCUCUUUUGGCAACCAUCACCCCAAUCGUGACAGCCGCCGCCAGCAAUGCUGACGCCGUCGCCCCAACUGAUUCCGAUGUCGUCAAGCUAGGAGCUGAAAACUUUGAGAGUUUCUUGGAAGAAAACCCAUUGGUUUUGGUUGAAUUCUUUGCUCCAUGGUGUGGUCAUUGUAAGGCCUUGGGUCCUGAAUACGUUGAAGCUGCUUCUCAAUUGAAGGACAAGAAUAUCCCAUUAGUCCAAAUCGACUGUACCGAAGAAGAAGAAUUGUGUCAAGGCCAAGGUAUCAGAGGUUACCCAACCAUCAAGAUCUUCAGAGGUGCUGACGACGCCAAACCUUAUGAAGGUGCCAGAAAGGCUGACGCCAUUUCCAGCUACAUGAUCAAGCAAUCUUUACCAGCUGUCCAAGUUGGUGUUGAUUCCAAAGCUUUGGAAACCAUUAUCGCUGACGUUAAGGAACCAGUUAUCUUGCAAGUGUUGCCAAAGGAUGAGAAGACUUCCAAUGAAACUUAUAUCAAGAUUGCCGACGCCAAAAGAGAAAAAUUCACUUUCUUGUCCACUGAUAACAAGGAAGUCGUUAAAAAAUUCAGCGCCACUAAGCCAACUUAUGUCGUUUACAGAUCUGACUUCAAGGAAGGUGAUGAACCAGCUGUUUUUUCCGAUGACAUUACCGCCGAAAACUUGGAAGCCUUCAUUAGCACUGAAUCCAUGCCAUUGUUUGGGGAAAUUAAUGGUGAAACUUUCCAAGAUUACAUGAACGCCAAGCAACCAUUGGCUUACUUGUUCUACAGCACUCCAGAAGAACAAAAAGAAUGGACUUCUAAGAUGACCAAGCUCGCCAAGGAAUACAGAGGAAAGGUCAACUUUGUUGGUUUGGACGCUUCCAGAUUUGGUAAGCACGCCGAAAACUUGAACCAAGAGGAAGUCUUCCCAUUGUUUGCCAUCCACGAUUUGACUGACAACAAAAAGUUUGGUUUGGACCAAACCAAGGACUUAACUCUUGAAAACAUUGAAGAAUUGUUGAAAGACUUUGAAGCUGGUAACGCCACUCCAAAGAUCAAGUCUGAAGAAAUUCCAGAAACUCAAGAAAACGCCGUCUUCAAGUUGGUUGCCUACACACACGACGAAAUCAUCAAUGAUGAUGCUAAGGAUGUCCUUGUUAUGUACCAUGCUACCUGGUGUGGUCACUGUAAGAGAUUGGCUCCAGUAUAUGAAGAAUUGGCUGCUAUCUACCAAAACGAUGAAAACGCUUCUGGAAAGGUUGUUAUCGCUAAUAUCGAAGCCACUCAAAAUGAUGUCAAUGUCGAUAUCCAAGGUUUCCCAACUUUGAUCUUAUACCCAGCCGGUGACAAAUCUAACCCAAUUCACUUUGAACAAAGUAGAGACUUAGAAACUUUGGCGGAAUUUAUCAAGGACAAGGGUACUAACAAGAUUGAUGGUCUUGCAUUGAAGAAAGCCCUCGAAGAAUCUGAAGAAGCUGAAGAUAAUGAAGAAGAAGAAGAAAAAGAAGAUGUUUCCCAUGAUGAACUUUAA